UGUCUGUGUUUUACUUGUUUUGUCUAUGAAGCUGUUUUGCAUGCCCCUGUGCUCAUUUUGUCUCUCUUUGCAGCUAUCUGUUAUUUGUUGCUGACUGACUUUGUAACUAGAAAUGUUAACAGUCACUUCAUUAACAAGCUCUGGCCCAGGGGGCCCCUGAUCCCUUUGGCCCGUUCAGUAACUUAUACAUGCAUUGUCAUCACAUCAUCAUCUUGCUCGUGACGCCUGCCCACACCAUAUCCGACUCCUCCCCUACCGUAGCUUAUUGUAAAGAUGGCGUCCAUCAUGGAAGGACCGCUAAGCAAGUGGACAAACGUCAUGAAAGGGUGGCAGUAUCGUUGGUUUGUUCUGGACUACAAUGCUGGCUUGCUGUCAUACUACACGUCAAAGGACAAGAUGAUGCGAGGAUCCAGAAGAGGCUGUGUGCGACUCAGGGGAGCUGUGAUCGGCAUAGAUGAUGAGGACGACAGCACAUUCACCAUCACUGUGGACCAGAAGACUUUCCAUUUCCAAGCCCGAGAUGCAGACGAGAGGGAGAAGUGGAUCCACGCCUUAGAGGGAACUAUCCUCCGUCACACCCUUCAGCUCCGGGAGGCCGAAACAGGAUUUGUUCCAAGUGUUCAAGACUUUGAUAAGAAGCUAGCUGAAGCUGACGCAUACCUACAGAUUCUGAUUGACCAGUUGAAGCUGUUUGAUGAGAAGAUCAAGGACUGCAAAGAGGAUGAGUCAUGCAGGAAAAUUGAAACUUUGAAAGAGACUACAUGUAGUAUGGUAGAGUCCAUCAAACACUGUAUUGUGCUGCUGCAAAUUGCCAAGGACCAAAGUAACGAUCAGCAACACGCAAACGGACUUAUAAGCACCAUCAACCCAGUAGAUGGAAUCUACCAGCCCCCUCUGGACUCUGUAAUCAACACCACGAUGCCCACACAGACCGCACUACCCACAGACGCUUCUCAGGUGUGUAAAUCAGACCAACGGCCCUCCACGUUACCUGUUGGUCCCGUCGUCACUGCGAUGGGCAGUCUGCAGACCCCAACUCCCAACAGUACAGGGAGUGGCCCGUCAGGCCCCAGCAGUGGUGUUGCUUCUCCAGCUCACAUCCCCAUCCCCUCGCACUCAGUGCCAGACUUCUCCUAUUCCUCCAGUGAAGAUGAGUUCUACGACGCUGACGAGUUUUACCAUAGCAGCACUUCCCCCAAACGCAUAGAUCCCUCAGGGCCUCCAGCUGCCUCACCCCUCAGUAAUGAAGUUACAACAUUGAAGCGACCAGAUACCACCGAGUCCCUCAGCUCGUCUAUGUCCAAUGGUACCACAGAUGCAGAUCAGUUUGACAGCCAUGAUGACCGUGAUGAUGAAGGUGAGGGCGAGUCUGUGGAGGAGCACAAGAGCGUCAUCAUGCAUCUGCUUUCUCAAGUUCGUUUGGGCAUGGACCUCACGAAGGUGGUCCUGCCUACCUUCAUCCUAGAGAGGAGAUCUUUGUUAGAAAUGUACGCAGACUUCUUUGCACAUCCUGACUUAUUUGUAAGUAUUGCUGAGCAACCAGAACCCAGAGAGCGCAUGGUUCAGGUGUUAAAAUGGUACCUGUCAGCCUUCCAUGCAGGGAGGAAAGGCUCAGUGGCCAAGAAACCUUACAACCCAAUACUGGGAGAAGUUUUCUACUGCCACUGGGAUCUGCCCAGCGAGACAGAGGAACCCUCCCCACACACGGAGGCUGUAUCAGACGGUCCUGUUUCAUGGGCUUCACCCAACAGUGUGUCUUUUGUGGCAGAGCAGGUCUCUCACCACCCACCCAUUUCUGCAUUCUAUGCAGAGUGUUUAAGUAAGAAGAUCCAGUUCAACGCACACAUCUGGACUAAAUCGAAAUUCUUAGGCAUGUCCAUAGGGGUCCACAACAUUGGCCAAGGUUGUGUAUCAUGUUUGGAAUACGAUGAACAUUACAUCCUCACCUUCCCUAACGGAUAUGGCAGAUCAAUUCUGACUGUGCCGUGGGUGGAGCUGGGUGGCGAGUGCAACAUCUCCUGCUCCAAGUCGGGCUACAGUGCUAAUAUUGUGUUCCAUACAAAACCCUUCUACGGAGGAAAGAAGCACAGGGUCACUGCUGAGAUUUUUGCACCUAAUGACAAGAAGUCGUUUUGCUCCAUUGAAGGGGAAUGGAACGGAGUGAUGUAUGCCAAGUGGGCAACUGGAGAGAACACAGUGUUCAUAGAUACCAAGAGAAUGGGCAUCAUUAAGAAGAAGGUGAGAAAGCUGGAAGACCAGCUCGAGUAUGAAUCCCGAAGAUUGUGGAAGGAUGUAACGCUGAACCUUAAGGUGAAAGACAUUGAUGAAGCAACAGAAGCCAAGCAUCGGCUGGAGGAGAAACAAAGAGCCGAAGCAAGAGAGAGGAAGGAGAACGAGCAGCAGUGGGAGACCCGACUGUUUCAUGAAGACGGGGAGUGCUGGGUCUAUGAUGAGCCUCUUUUAAAGAGAUUAGCCUCUCAGAAGCACUGAGAAAACUACACACACGUGUAUAUAUGCAUAAAGAAAUGCACACACACAAGAGAGUCUUCAUAAGAACUCUUUUGGAAAAACCACUUUUAUCCUAGCCUUGGAAUGAAUGAAUGAAUGAACAUGUACACAGCUUUGCAUCUGACCGUAAAACAACAAUAUGGAAAUGAAUGAACGCAACUGGAAAGCUGUAACCGGAACAUUAGUAAAGCUCCUCUUUCUAUUUGGGCAAUCUCACUUCUGCCACCACCACCACCACC